GUAUCACUGGCCUUGCUUAUUCUUUGUCAAUGUUAGAGUUCGCCUGCCUACUCCUUUCAUUGUUUUUAAACAUUCUGUUUGAAUCUAAGGACUUGCUUCAUGGCAGCAUGGAUGGUGAUAAAAUCAGCACUUGAGGCAGUGGCUAAGGCACAAGUUCCAUCUUCAUUCUUGACCAUUAUGCAAACAUUAGUUUUGAGCACGGGCCAUCGGUUGGAAGGUGGGGGAUUGGGCAGUGGCAGAGGAGAUCCCUGUUCCCUGAGCUUGUGUUCUGGUUUGGAGAAGCAGCCAGUGAGUCCGGAGAGCUGUGAACUCCCUGUCCACAGGUCCGCUGUGACCACUCCCUCGAGAACAAGAAAUGAAGACUACCACAGUGGUACUGGGAAGUACUGGGAGCCAUUUGCCUUUCAUAGAGGCUCCUCCAGGACAGAAGAAAAAGAAGGUCUUGGGAUUGGAAGAUCGAAGCCUGUUCCACGCUACGGAUAUAAACCAUCUCCACCAAAUGGAUGUGGCUCUCCAUUGUUUGGUGUUCAUCUGAACAUUGGCAUCCCCUCCCUGACCAAGUGCUGCAACCAGCACGACCGAUGCUACGAGACCUGUGGGAAAAGCAAGAACGACUGUGACGAGGAGUUCCAGUACUGCCUCUCCAAGAUCUGCAGAGAUGUGCAGAAGACACUCGGACUAGCUCAGAACGUCCAGGCAUGUGAGACAACGGUGCAGCUCCUUUUUGACAGCGUCAUCCAUUUAGGCUGCAAGCCAUACCUGGACAGCCAGAGGGCUGCAUGCUGGUGUCGUUAUGAAGAAAAAACAGAUCUGUAAAGAAGCCCCUGACAGCUGGAGAGCAGGCGGGAGUGGAAGACCAUCCUUGCCAAAGAUCCAGUGCUUUCACAACCUAACGCUGCCUUAGUUUUGUGAGAGGUCAUUUUGAGACCUUACUAGACUGUGGUUUGAUUUUAAAACCUCAAAGAGAAAAGGGUGGGUGCCGGGAAGAAGCAGAUGAAGAGCAUGCUUGGGACUGGGAGCGAGCAGGACAUCUAAGAGCAUGCCUUCCUGGGCCUCACUGUCUGUGUCGGUGGCUCCCCCAAACUGGGAAGAAAAACUUCAAGCUCAUGUGACUUGGUUUUCAUGGCUGUACUUAACAAUAAAAAUGAAAGCAAGUGUAAAAUUCAUUAUAAGGACUUUUCAGUAUUAUUUUAUUUUGAAAUAGAGGACAAUCUUCCCUUAGAACUAUUAUUUAUUUUGAAAUUUCAAAUAUACAUUUAUACUGGAAAAACUAUUAUUUCUCCAUUUUAAUUAUACACAACAUGUUGUUUCUCUGAAGCCCACUAAGAUAGGCAUAAAUAUGUUACUCACAAGGACACGGUUACCAGGUGUGCAUCUCUUGUACAGUUGGAGUCACUGGUUGAUACUUCUCUUGAAGGACAACCCAGGGCAUCUAAGUAUUGUGAUGUGCACAAUAUUUCAGAAACCCAGGAGUCACUGGUUGAUACUUCUCUUGAAGGACAACCCAGGGCAUCUAAGUAUUGUGAUGUGCACAAUAUUUCAGAAACCCAGCACUCCUGUUUCACAAACUACUUACAGCAAAUGUCAUCUUUUGCUAGGAGUUCUAGGAGUGGUGGGUUUAAGGAGCCAAAUCCGUGCACUAUUUGCUGCCGAGUUUGUGGUUACCCCCUAAUCUCCACUUCUCAUCUUCUUUUCUGGAAUAUUGUUAAAAGUCUGACAUUUUCUAAUGGAGGUCUUAAUAAAGCUAUUCUUGAUAA